GAAAAUGUUAAAACAUACGCCCUGCAUACAUUUAGCCGAAUGAUCAUUACGCAAAAUCGGGAAUAAAAACUUCACGCCUUUGGAGGGGUGUGUUACUUACCCCGAUUGAAGUGCACUACUCAUCAAAAGAGGCUGAUGUGUUCCUAUCAAUUGAAGCCCAGCCAUAAAAUUCCAAAGUUGUGGUGGAAGAAGCAAAUGUGUAACCAACAAAGAAGAACGGCAGUUACCGGUUAGUGGUAUAUCACAAAUAAUGCAAUAUCGAAUUUCCCCAAUCACAUGCAAACGCCAGCACAACAACACAGUUUGCCCUGCUGCACUUUAGCGUUGCUCCGCUUUCUUAUACCACCGGCGCAUCUCCAGCCUGAAUUUUAUUACACGCCGAAUGGCUCCCGUAGUAGGCCGAUGAUGAAACUUUUGCCUGGCCUAGGUAUUGCAAUUUUUUGUAUGCGCGCAGUUAUCUUGGAAGAAACCAAAAUAAAAAGAAGUCGAUCUAGAAUUUUAAGCAGAUGAUUUGCCCAAA